AUGGAGAGUGCCAUCCCAUCCUUGGUCGCAAUUGUAUCGCUACGGUCCCUAUUCCUCAACGGGAAUGACUUCAGCUCCAAUCUGACAAUACAACAACUCAGCAUAAUGAAGUUGGAUACUCUUGAUAUAGGCAAUAAUGAUAUCCAAGGCACCAUACCAACAGAUAUUUGCAACAUGAGAGAUCUUCAAGUGUUAUAUCUCAGUGACAAUCUUUUAUUUGGAGAGAUCCCAUCAUGCAUGCAAAAUCUGACUUCUCUCAGAAUUCUCGGUCUGUCAGAAAAUAAUAGAUUAAUAGUAAAGUUCCCCUCUCUUAUCUUUGCAAAACUCACAUCGUUGGAGAAACUUUCACUCGUAAAUAACUCUCUUGAAGGAGUUCUGUCGCUGAGUUCCUUACAAAAUCAUAGACAAUUGACUAAACUGGAACUUGCAAGCAGCGGUAACAACUUCCAUGUGCAAACUGAGAAUCCAGCAACAGAUUUGCCAGCUCAGAUUCAGGUUCUAGUGCUGCGAAAUUGCAACCUUAAUGGCAAUUUAGGCAUCGUACCAAGUUUCUUGUUGCAUCAACAUAAACUAGAGUCGGUCGAUAUGUCUAACAACAACCUAAGUGGUAACUUCCCUUCAUGGUUGAUAGAAAAUAAUGUCAACCUAUCACACUUAGUUCUGGGUAGUAACUCCUUUGCAGGUCCUCUUCUUCCAUCCAAAGUACACACCAGUUUGCAAUGGUUGGAUGCAUCUUCUAACAGGCUAAGCAUAUUACCUGUUGACAUUAACAUCACAUUACCAAAUCUGAGUUACAUAUCCUUAUCAGGGAAUUCUUAUAUGGGCAACUUUCCUUCUUCCUUUAGCUACAUGAAUAGUCUACAGUAUUUAGACUUGUCAUACAACAAUUUCUUAGAUGACAUUGCGGCUGCUUUUGUUGGAAAUAUGUCAAAUAUCAUUGGUCUAAAACUGUCUGGAAACCAUUUCUAUGGGUCGUUCUCUCCAAACAUACUAUUACCUGCCGUUAAACAUCUAUUGCUCAGUGAUAAUGAAAUCGCUGGGAAAAUUCCUGAGAAGUUAUGUGACAGUCUGAUACUUAUGACAUUUGAUGCUAGCAAUAACAAGUUGACCGGCCCGCUCCCUACUUGCAUAUCCGCACUCUCAGAACUUGCCAUUUUGAAUUUAAGAGGGAACUCAUUGGCUGGAUCGAUUCCGUCGGAAGUAUGCGGCCUGCGAAAGCUUGUGUUUCUUGAUGUGUCGGAAAAUAACCUUUCUGGUCCAGUGCAUUGCUUACCGGAUCUAUGCUACCUUCAUAUGAGUAGAAACCGAUUAAAUGGAACCUUUCCUAUUCCAUUGUACUCGAGAAAUAAUAUCUAUACAAUGGAUCUCCAAGAAAACCAAUUCAGUGGUGUCCUUCCAAAGCUGAUAGGGAAGUCCUUUCCAAAGCUAAAAGUACUGUUAUUAAAAGAUAAUAUGUUCGAAGGGACAGUUCCAAAUGAUAUAUGCAGUUUGAAGUAUCUGCGUCUACUAGAUUUGUCUCAUAAUAGACUAUCGGGGGAGUUACCUUUAUGCAUGAACAUUAUGGGAUCCGAUGACAGUUUAUUUGAUUUCCAACCUGGUUUUGGAACUUUUCCUGUUUUAUUCAAUGUUAUUGGGCUGCCAGAUCAAGAGGAAUUCAUGACCAAGGGCAGGCAGGACAAUUACAGGGGAAACAUACUCAACUACAUGACUGGACUUGAUUUCUCUUCGAACCAGUUGAAAGGAUCCAUUCAUGAAAAUAUAGGUGGCAUGAAAUGGUUAAGGGCAUUGAAUUUCUCGGAAAAUAACUUUGAUGGAUCAAUACCACAGUCCUUGUCAAAUUUAAGUUAUCUGGAGAGCUUGGAUCUCUCGCACAACAAGUUGGCAGGCCAAAUACCUUCAGAGCUAGCAGCAUUACCGUCCCUUGCGGUGUUCUCAGUGGCAUACAACAACCUGUCUGGUCCGACGCCAGGAAUAAAGGGGCAGUUCAUCACAUUUGAUCAGAGCAGCUACGAAGGAAAUCCAUAUCUCUGUGGCGCCGUCAGUUCCCGAGCUUGA